UCUGUUAAUGUUACUAAAGAAAGUGUGAAAGACGUGCUUAAUUCCAUGCUCAAAAGCUGUGAUGACAGAUUUCCGAACUUGGAAAAAAGUAAAACCUUAAGACUUUGCACAUUCCUCGAUCCCCGCUAUAAACAUCACAUGUUUCUAGAAGAAUCUACAACCAUUGAAAUCAAGAAAGACCUGUGUGAUUUAUUAGUUGGAGUCAUAAAUCAAAAAAGAAAUGAACAAAAUCCUGAGGACCUCAGUGAUAAUGAAGUUGAACCAGACCAAGAAACAGAAUCUACCGAGAAAAAGAUUUCAGUUUGGGAUGAUGUUGAGGAAAUAAUUGCUAAAGUGAAACCGAAAUCCAAUCCCACUUCAAUGGCAAUCCAAGAGAUACAAAAAUACAUGGAUGACAGUCCAAUAUCUAGGAAAAAGGAUCCACUGGAGUGGUGGAAAUGCCACAAAAACAUUUAUCCCCAUCUAGCCACAGUAUUUAUUCGGAGCUGUGGCAUUGUCGCAACAUCCGUCCCUUGUGAGAGGAUGUUCUCUAAAGCUGGUUAUUUUAUAAGUGACAGAAGAACCCGUUUAACAACAAAAAAAGUAAAAUAUGCGUGGUACCCCUAUAAUACCACCAUGCCUAGUUAUCUUGGCAAGGAACAUAACCUAAAAUUCAGGCUGGCUGACGAGCUGACGGAAGAUGUUUUACUUGCAGAAAUUCCUAGUGGAAGGUCUUGUGAUGAAAUUGGCCUCUCAGACAACGAAUUGGAAGGUAACAGCAUUUCCUCUAUCCCUACGGAAAUCUCUAUCAUCAUUGAUGAAAACACUGAAGUUAUUUUGGAGGAUGACCCAAUUCUAUCACAAGUGGGGAAAACGGCGUCAUUAACCAUGGGGCGAUCCCGUAUCCUGAGUCUGCAAUUAACAGCGAUUCCCCCACAUUUCUUUCCAUUACACGGUAAACAUCUGAAUUUUUCCAAAUUCUGGAAUCGUGAACGGAGCCAGGCCAAGAAGCAUCGACACUGGUAA